UAACAGCUUGUGUGUCACAAUUGCCGUUUUGAUGUAUUCUUUUAUCGUUAUCGACACGGUCACACUAUAGAAACCCAAUCGAAAAAAUGGCGAGUUUGGCUACCAAAGGAUCAGGACUUGUAAACAGGCUCCUUACUCAGGCAAGGCCGCAGCUGGAUGUGUUCCUGAAGUACGCCAAGGUGGAGCUGACGCCCCCGACGCCCGCCGAUAUUCCGGCUAUCCGCCAGGGUCUGGGCAACAUCGUCAAGGGCGCCCGGACCGGUGCCUACAAGAACCUCACCGUUCGCGAGGCCUGGCUUAACACCCUGGUGACCGCCGAGGUUAUCUUCUGGUUCUACAUCGGCGAGUGCAUCGGCAAGCGCCACAUCGUUGGAUACAACGUCUAAUUUAAGCCCCGAAUAGCCGGUUUUGGAAUGGAGAGUAAUCUUAUUUCAGAUGUCUAUUUGUAUAUGUAUGUCUGAGAACACAUUUCGACGCGAAAUAAAGUGAAAUCAUGCAGUGGUAAUGCGAAAAUA